UUAAAAUAUAUACCAAAAAACAUGCAUUUUUCGCAUUUUUAUAGUCUAAAAUAUUCAAUGAUAUUUAUUAUAUUCAAAAUAAUAUGUAUUAAUAUGCAUGUUAUCCAAAAUAAGCAAAAAUAUGCAAAAUAAAAACACCAUUAUUUACAUUAUGAAGAGGUGAUUUGUGAACAUCACUGACAAAAGAAAUAAUCUGAAGUUGAAAAAAAAAGAAACAUACUGUUGCGUUUAAAUCCUAGCCCCAACAAUUAGUUACUAGGAAUUUUCGUAAAAUAAGUAGGUACUUGCAUUUAAUGAUAUAAAAGAUCAAACCAUUUUUUAAUUUUAAGUAAUGGACAUUUUUUCAGAAAAUCCAAUAAUUAUUUGGUCUCCACUGUAUUUAUAUUUCUUUUCUGUCUUAUUGUAACAACCAGCCUGCUAACAUAAUAAUAUAAUAUUAUAGUGUACGUGCCGACAUUUAUGCAUCUCCCGCAGGAACGCUAUAUGUAUACGGGAAAAAUGUAAGGAUUCAUUCAAGGUCAUGUUUACGCGCUAUACCUCUACCCUCGAAACCACUUAUUAUAACUGACUAACGCUGAAGAUUGAAUACUCAACAGUCAACAUUUAGUUCCACUAGUUCCAGACCUACCUCACCGCCUUUACCUAUCCAGUAUCCUAGCAGACUUGCAUAGACAAGAAUAGUAAAAUAAUCGAACGGUACUCGAAAGAUCGUAUUGAUAAUUGUGUCGUAUUACAAUGGAAUUCAACGGCCGCAACGACAAGGUACAGAAGUCCGACCAUGACGCGUCACUUACGACAGAAGACCGCAUGGAAGUCGAUGAUUCAUCAGUGAAUAAACAAAGAUUUGGACGGCACGAAGCCCAUAAACGUCAUGAUACUAUGGGUGAGAUAGUCCAAAACGGUACUGAUUCUAUGACAUUUAAGUACAAUAUUGACAAUGAUUUUGUUGAUUGUCGGUUCAAAGAAUUGAUCCCUCAUCCUGAAGUUGUUGGUGUACCUCAAACUGAUAAGUAUGGGAAUGCUGUGAAGCGGGAUCUCAAAUUCCAUCACAGUACUCUAUGGUAAUAGAUAUAGAAAUAAGCAACAACCUUUAUUUAAUAAUUUGAUUCUCACUUAGAUCACAUAAUAUGUUUUAAAAAUAAUUUAAAAA